AUGUCGUAUGAAUUUCUACCAUUAACUUCAGAACAAAAUCAAGAAUUACUGGAAAUUAUAAAUCAGCUAAGGCAACUUAAUCAAGUAUCACCCAUUAAUUUUGGAGGAUUGCAGAAAAUUCAGGAUAAGCUAAGCCUAGAAUGUCAAGUAUCAAUCAAUAUUUUUGAAGAAUUUCGAGAAAUUCUAACUCUACAAAGCCAAUAUAAUCAGGCACCACCCAGUUCUUUUGAAGAAUUUCCACAGCCAUACCAGGUAUCAACCUUCUACUCUCUAGAAAUUAGUGGAGGUCGACUGAACGAACCUCAUGUGGAGUCUUUUGUUUCUAGCCAAAUACACUAUACAGCAGCUCUUGUGAACCAUAAUGGUACACUCUUAAACAAUAACAUUCAAGAUCCCGAUGACUGUGUUGGCUUCGAUACUUAUACUAAUCAACAAGACUCAACUAAACCUAUGAAGCAAAAUAAAGCAUCUUUCAUGUAA